UAAUUGAUGGCAACCGAAUUCUCUACGCAGUUGGCUCCAUCAGCUUUCUUCAACGGCAACGAUGAGCUGUCCAUAGCCGGCGACAGUCUCCUGAAAACCACUUAUUCGUCGUUGUCGUCAGCUGCUGUCCCCAAGGAACACUACUACAAGACGAAGCUCUGUGUUUUCCACACUCUUCAAGGUCGAUGUGUUCAUGGUGUCAACUGUACCUACGCUCACGGUGUAGAUGAUUUGGUGUCUCUCAGCGGGCUGCUUGACUCACCUCCUUCUCCUCGUGGUUAUUAUGGAAAUCCCAAGUCUCUUCCGGGCUCUCUUGGUGGGCCUUUUCCCCCAAUAUUGCGCUCGGCUGGCAAACGCAACAAGCAUCGCUAUGAUGCUCAUGGGACUCUUCGUUCGGCGGACGCCUUGGGCCGUGGUAGACGCAUGAGUCGCAGACGAACAAGGCCAAGGCUAUCAGCUGGAAGACCAUGGACUACCCUACGUUCACCUCCAGCAGAGGACCUGCUUUCUGGGGUUCGCACAAGUAUUGGCGAAGAAAGCCUCCUCUCACACAGCUCGCUAUACUCCACAAACGAUAAUAAGUUCGACAACGGCAAUUAUAUAAAUUACCUGCCAUCUGAGGAGAAUACUUGGACUGUUGAUGACGCAGAGUUUUGUCGAAAUGAAGAUGCUGCUUCACAACUCUUUGGGGAAGCUCUGCACCUCCUCGAUGACAAUUCAGCUGAGUAUGAUUCGUGCGCUUCACGCAACAUGCACUAUUGUCAUUCGUUCCAACCUUAUCACUAGAGGUAGAUCUGAUUCCUCUUAACCUGGCGUAUUUCGGUUCAUGAUUUCAUCUCGUCGUUUCGUCGCUAAAGUCUGGCCAAAUGUAUUAACUUUCAGUUUCGCACACGGCGGCAGUGCCCAAAUGAAUAGGUCCCUCUCUAUUGCGUGGCAAUCAAGAGGGAUAUCUUAUUAAUAGGAACUCUCUGUGCGACUUUCACAAAUGUCGCUCUUAGUGCUUUCUCAUCACAAGUGCCGGCCUGCUUACCUAAUGGUACUAUUAGAGGUUACUUUCUGCAGUACAUUCGGUACUCGGCUAACUAGGGCGGUACAUGCUCGACUGCUUGGUAGCUCCCAUUUUUCACCUUCGUAUGGUUCCGACCCCUUCCUAGGCACACGCUUGGUAGGGCUCGUUGCCGUUACAUUUAUUCAAUUUUUCACAGAAUGAUUCAGUCUUUCCUGGUC